AUGGCUGCAACAACCCAAUCACCUUCACUGAAACACAGCUUUCCUGGCCCCUGCGUUAGCGAAAGUAAGCAAAGUAUGGCCGGUUCAGCCCCGGAAGGUGCCCAGUUUGAUGCCAAACAGUACGACGAGAAGCUCCAGCAAGUUCUGAACGAGGAGGGAGACGGUGAGCUCUUCUCAACAUGGGACGAGGUGGCGGAAUCCUUCGAUGCCAUGGGCCUGCAUGAGAACCUGCUCCGUGGUAUCUAUGCGUACGGUUUUGAGAAGCCCUCUGCCAUCCAGCAGCGCGGGAUUGUGCCCUUCACCAAGGGCCUCGAUGUGAUCCAGCAGGCCCAGUCUGGGACUGGCAAGACCGCCACCUUCUGCUCCGGCAUCCUCCAACAGAUUGACUAUGGCCUCCAGGAGACCCAGGCCCUGGUCCUCGCUCCUACCCGCGAGCUGGCACAGCAGAUCGAGAAGGUCAUGCGCGCCCUCGGGGACUACCUUGCGGUGAAGGUGCACGCCUGCGUGGGCGGUACCAGCGUGCGCGAGGACCAGAAGAUCCUCCAGACCGGUGUCCAUGUGGUGGUCGGGACGCCCGGGCGUGUGUACGACAUGCUGCGUCGCCAUGCGCUCAGGCCCGACAACAUCAAGAUGUUCGUGCUCGACGAGGCCGAUGAGAUGCUCUCCAGGGGUUUCAAGGACCAGAUUUACGACAUCUUCCAGCUGCUGCCCCCCAAGCUCCAGGUCGGCGUCUUCUCCGCCACCAUGCCCCCGGAGGCGCUCGAGAUCACGAGGAAGUUCAUGAACAAGCCGGUGCGCAUCCUCGUGAAGCGUGACGAGCUGACCCUGGAGGGUAUCAAGCAGUUCUACGUCAACGUGGACAGGGAGGAGUGGAAGCUGGACACGCUCUGCGAUCUGUACGAGACGCUCGCCAUCACGCAGAGCGUCAUCUUCGCCAACACCAGGCGCAAGGUCGAUUGGCUCACCGACCAGAUGCGCGCCAAGGACCACACUGUGUCCGCCACUCACGGAGACAUGGACCAGAACACCCGUGACAUCAUCAUGCGCGAGUUCCGCUCUGGGUCCUCCCGUGUGCUCAUCACCACUGACCUGCUUGCUCGUGGAAUUGACGUGCAGCAGGUGUCUCUGGUCAUCAACUAUGACCUGCCCACCCAGCCCGAGAACUACCUGCACAGGAUUGGCCGCUCUGGGCGGUUCGGGAGGAAGGGUGUUGCCAUCAACUUCGUCACCAAGGACGACGAGCGCAUGCUGCAGGACAUCCAGCGCUUCUACAACACCGUUGUUGAGGAGCUGCCCAGCAACGUCGCAGACUUGAUCUAAGCAACGCAAAGGGCGUCUCUUGAGCGGAGCCCAUCUGUUGGAGGACUUUGGUCUUGGGUCGGUUCGCUGUAGCCAGCGAGAUAAACAGUCGGGUUUGAGCCAGCUUCGGCUGUGGGGAGGGCAGCAAGAGGAGAAUACUAAGAGACUGUAGACGGACAGGCUGAUGUGUGCAUUGAUGCGGAUGGUGGGCAGUGGAUCCCAGGCCUGUUUCAAGUCCCGAGAAAGUGUUCAAGUGCGAAAGGAACCAGUUUUCAGCUUUUAAUCACGCGAGAUAUUCUUGAUCAGGGUCCAAAGCCACGAGAGGUUUUUUCGCCAAAUUCUUCAUUUGCGUUCCCAAGCCUUUGGUAUUGUUUCACUUCGUUACUUUGACCCGUUGGGUUGAUGUCUGUGUGUACUUGGUUCAAAAUUUGACGGAGUGAGGCUUUCAAUCCUAUCAAAGAGUCUGCAGUGGCAGUGCGUGAGGAGUUGAAAUAGGACGGAGUCGCUGUGUAAAAGAUUGAGUGGCUUUGUGUGAUUGUCGGC